AUGUCGAAGAAAAAAAUUUACCAGGAUGAUGAUGACGAUGAAUUUCCGUCGUUGCAGUACUACGCCGACAGCCGGUGCAAAUGCUGCCGAGAGCUUGACAGCAGGGAUAUCAAGCCACAGCCCGACGACGACUACUUUAUAUCGCCCACUGACGAUUUCGAGGGCGAUGAUUUUCUAAAGCUUCACGUCAUCCACUACCGGAGGAAGAAGUGGGAGACAGGGUGUUUUGAUAUUGAUUGCCCGCCGAAUUACGGGGGCAUCGGUGGAAUAGCUUUCCCUGGAAAGCAUCUGUACGGAGACGAUAUAAAGUCGGACAAGCUGCUUAACGACAUGGCUAAACACGUCGUCGAUACAUAUAACAAGGAGAAGGGCGGUAAGUUGGUCUUCGUUGGAGUGCGGAACGUAUCCGGAGAGGGUUGUAAUUGGAGGAACUUCUACAUAACUUUUGGUUGCCGCAAUGGAAAUGGUGUGCGUAAAAAGACUAGGAUGCGUGUGAAGACUUAUAGAGCCGUCGUUACCUGUCGCAUUUGGAGCGACAAAAAGGAGAAGAGAAUUUUGGUCUUCAGGGACGCCAGUGGGAAAGAUUUGCUGCCGCCAGAUCCCUUCUACGGGCCUCUCACAACGCCUUUCUAUCGUCAUCCUGCACUAGCUGGUAGCAACGAUCUCAAAAAGGAAUCCGGAGGAGUGGUAGGUAAGAACUCAGAUGCUGAAGGUGGUGUUAAGGAGGAUCUCGAGAAGGAAUCCGGAGGAGUGGUAGUUGGGAACUCAGAUGCUGAAGAUGGAGUUGUUUGUCAGUAG